CAACAGUCAAUUAUUGCAUCUGCAACACAACGACUUCAACCUCACAUCAGCACAAAUCUAACAUACUGGUGGUCUUUGUACUGCAAUUUCUACCUGAUGCUCUCAGUUGAGCCUGCAGUUGUACAGGGUGUCUUAUUUACCUCGUCAAGGCCUAAGUAUGUUUGUACCGAGGGCGGCACUCUCAUCAGCAGCUUCUCUGCGGAGCAAUCCCAGGCGGCGCCAGCGGACAAAUUCUGAUGAUUCUACAAAACCCCCAAGUGCCAAGAGGCAGAGAUCCACCCUCAGGGAAGAUAUAGAAUCAUCACCUGAAUCUGCCCAGCAUCCCCAACUUAAACCAGGGGAAUGUGCCCCAUCGACUCUUUCAAGUCACGAUGUCGCGCUUGAGGAUAACCUGAAUUUGCAAACAAACAUUCCUAUAAGGGCUGCCAAAAAGGCGGAUGACUGCAAAUGUAAUAGCGAUGGCACGCUCAUGCUCUCAAAGACUGAGUUCUACACCGUGACACAACUACCAAACUUUCCGGAUCAAGUCCCGGGUUCACAGCCAGGGGUCUUCACAGGUUCUUUUGGAACUGGUUAUGGAUAUGCUUUGGCCUUAGCAGCGUCGCAUGCAAUCAUUUGGCCGUAUGUGAACACUAGUACAUCAUCUUCCAUGACAGAUGUUUUCACACUGCCAUUUCCUACGUCACAUACCGACUCUAACCCUCCUACCCCCCUCGGAUUACUCUUGUCGAACGCAGCAGGUGCGGCACCUGGGCUGUUGGUUGUCAUGCCCUAUACCGGGAAAGUAAUCUAUUGGGAAACCAUAUCAAGUGGCUCUUCCCUAGGUUUUGCCAGACACAAACAAUCUGGAAUCCCGGGGAGUAUUCACGGCAUGCUCUCAGGUGAACAUGCGACAGAUAUAAUAAAUAGCGAGCCAUCGGGUGUUAUGGUCACAUUUUCUACCGGGAGAAUUGCCCACAUAUCAAUUCGGGACUCCCAAGGAAAGCCCGCGGUGAUUGUGUCUUUUCUCAGAAGCCCCUCUGGUGGUGGUAGAACCGGACUCUUGGGAAGUCUGAAGAAUGCUCUCGGGGGUGGCUUUUGGAGGAAGAAUAUUGCGGCCCUUCACGCGGGUGAAUCUCAUCAGCGCGGGCAGCGGGAUGUAAUAAUUGCCACCUCGGCCGGCUUUUUUGAAAUCUGGGACAUGCACUGGAAUAACGGGAGCAUGCCCAAACAGCAAUUUGACGUGGGAUUUCACUUGCCUGAGGCUCUUCGUCAUCAAGUUGUUGAACAUGCCAAUGGUGAUGACUUCAAGAUCCUGGACUUUGCCAUCUCUGACAGCGGCCAAACCAGUCAUGAUGUUUACAAUGGUGGUCCCCAGUCAUGGCACAUCACCGUCAUCGUGGCACGAACUACAACGAAUCAUCGAAGCCUAUUCGUUGUGCAAUUGAAACUUUGUGACGGGGUAGAAAUAAUUUCUACAAAUCAUGUCGAAUUGCACAAUCUUUCUACACAUCUGGAACCCUCAUGUGUCCGAUUAUUCGUCCCUAGCCCUGGAGACACUGCAUUUGUUGUUAUUGGGCAGUCACUCGCAUUGUUCUCAUUGAACAAUAACGAGAAAGAGGUCUCGAAACAUCCGAUUGGUAGUGAAACUCGUCAGUCCAUUUUCAAGGAUGUUAUUCCCUUACGAUCUGGACCGGGUUACGAGAUCUUGGCGAGUGGAUAUGAGGACCAGAUUGAUGGAGAAUCUUCAGCCGCAUGCUUGCUCAUGCUUCGUGAUUUUGGCAUCCUUCGUAUUACAGCUUUGCCUCGCGAUAGCAAAAGAGACACCACUAAAGAUGGCCACAUUACUGCGAAGCAUAAAAUUGAGCAAGCCAUAUUCUAUGGCACCAUGACCAAAAAUCCGUUGAACCUUAUUGGCAAUCAUGGUCUAAUCUUUCCUGUUACGGAAAUCGAGCAGGCUGCAUUGGAAAUAUGUGGGGAACUCAUGCGAUCCACAUCGAAAUUCAUACCGACAAGUGGUGUCUCUGUGGAUCUGAAUCUCAAAUUGCGGGCCAAAGCCCUAGAUGACCUUGUCUUCAUAUUAUCCCAGCAGAACCAACCCCUCCGGCGUGAAGUAUGGUGGCAAUUACUUUGGGGUGCGGAGAAACUUUCGGCCCAAAGAGCCAUGUGGAAAAUAGAAGAUAAUUCCAGGACAUGCAAAGGCAGAACAUCCACCUUACUGAGCCAUAUACUCGACUCAAUGGGCAAAAGGUUCAAAACCGAGGUGGGAACUGCUGAUUGUGACUUGGUGCGCCAUUGGUUUCUGCAUGACACCUUUCAAAUGGAACACAUUGUGCCAUGGAUAUUCAACGCCAUAAAGCCCCAAAAAGGUAACCAUGCGAAGGCAGGACGAAAGACGUCGGAACAGCUCCUUGAAGCUAGCGAACUGUCGCUAGCUAUCUUGGAGACGGCGUAUCGUUAUCGAGACGAAAAUGCUAGUCGGUAUGGGAUCAGUGACGGCCUUCUCGAAUCCGGUGUAUUUACCAGUGACUAUAACGGCGUCCCAGAAUUCUGGACAUCUUAUCGCGUUGGUUAUAUCGAAACAGGACAUCUGCUAGACUUGGAACUCGAUAGCUGUAGGGCUUGGAUUCAGCAAACGACUUCCACUCCGGAGCUACCUGAAAGUCAAAUCGUGAAGAAGCUUGCAAAAAAUAGCGCCAGACAGCUUAAUAUUUUGGGCUCUAUGCAUUCUGAAAGAGUAAGAUGGCUUUCGGCUCAAGACGACCCAAAAUUGGUCGAAGAGGGUAUCGCCACUGAACAGACGCACGCUAAGCAGCGAAAGUGGCAUUUAUUCAAAUUGGCUGGAAUAGGUCAGCUGGAUGAUGCAAUCGUUCUUGCCGAGAAGUUUAGAGAUAUGGGAGCCCUGGUGGAGCUUAUAAUUGAGCUUCAAGACCAAACAAAAGGCUCGACAAUACAUCAAAGUUCACGAAACGGUGCGGCAUCUGCCGAUGAUGUUAGCCCAGCUGAGCAACUCAGUACAAAGAUUUCCUUUUAUUUUGAGAAAUUCGGUGAACCAUGGGCAGACGCCUUUUUCUCUCGGCAGAUAUCCAUGGGACAAUCAGGAAUUUUGUUUGCAAUGAGAAAAUUCCAGCCUUAUGUUACUCGGUUCCUGCGAAAACAUCCAGCUUAUUCCCGGCUUGGCUGGAUCAAUGAUGUGAUAGGCGAAAACGACUAUGACUGCGCCGCUCAUGUUUUGGAGAGCCUGGCCACCGAACAUGAGUCUGAUAUUUGGAGUCAUCGAGUGCAGUUGUCCUUGGCAAAGCUGGCAAAUCUAGCCUCCUGGGAGGAAUCUGCUACUCCGGAUAGCCUGAUCGUUCGCGAUAAUGUCAGGCGUUUGGAGGAUUUAGCAGAAACAGAUGUCGUCCAAGAAGUUAUCUUUGCCUACAUGAAACCGGCGUUGCAAAGCGCGAUUGACCCAAAGGCAGCGAUUGACAUCGCAGCCGAAUCUUUCACUAAAUUAACCGCCGAAGACAGACCUUCAUUGCAUGAGAUAUUUGUCGAGGGUGUCUCCAGAAUAGUCUCUCGUCAAGUAGUUGGCCUUGACGAACUCAUCGACUUGUUGACACUUAUUGAUUUGACUCUGGUUACUGGGCAUGGCCAAGAUGAAAUUGUUGGGAAGCAAUUUUAUCUAGCUUUACGAGUUAUCCGACUCGCUUCCCAGGCGCAGGGGCAGCAUCGUAAUAUUGCCUUGCAAAAGCUGGUAUGGAGAAGAUGCAUGAUAGAUAAUAAUUGGAGGCAACUUGGGGAGACUGCCGAAGAGAAGGAAGCCGACUUCAAUUCCCUCCUGUAUGAUACCUCGCUUUUUCGCACCCUUAAUUGGUGCUUCAGGGACGGGCGUGAUGAAGAUUCCAGUUAUCCUUCUAUCUACAUCCCCGACUCGCCCCACGACUUGUUGUUGAGCGAGUCAGAGUCUGAAUAUCUAACAUCGCGUUUUCACCCAGAGCAACGAAUACGGGUACAUCAUGAUCUUGUUAGGGAGAGUGAGAUGUUGCACCAACAGAUCAAUAAUGGGAAACUCGAGUUCUGGUUCAAGAGCUUUGUCGACUCGGCCAAGGCUGCAACUCACGAAACCCCUCUUGUUGUCAAUGACAAAGACAAUGCGCAACAUUGUACGCAAUUACUGGAAGCUCCAACUGAUAAAGUACAAUUAAGUUGGCUCUAGGGCAUCAGUUAGGGGUAGGCCCGACAGAUAGCAUAUUUCAUGAUAUCGGGCAAUGGCCGGCCAGUUUUGCCAUCUAAACCUCUCUCCAUCUUUCUAUCACUUAGGCUUGGAUAUCUCUUCCCAUGUGCACGAUUUUCACUCCCCUGGUAUUUGUAUUUAUGCCAGUCUAUUUGUGACAUUUAAAAAUACAACACUGAGAGGUGGGUGGAUUGACGCAUUUCGCUAACUAGGUGAAGGGUUCAAGAUUCUCUACUAAGGAUCCUUUCAACGGGGCAGGGUACAAAGUAUGCCGGGCAUGCAAUAAAAGUGGUCACUUUAUACUGAUCAUACAGUUGACUUAGGUCUGUUAU